CAAACAACUCGGACGCGUCUCAUUUGACUCGCGUUGGCGCCGAAUCUAUCAUCCCUGAGUGGUGCCGUCUCUCGUUUCCUACAUAAAGGAAUUUUCAUGACCCAGGACUUUCGACCUCGUGAUGGUCUUUUUUUCGCAGAUUCUGAAGAUGAGGAAGACGACGUGAAUUCCACGACCGUGACGGCUCAGAUUCAUAGCGAAUCAGUGCAGCCAGCGUCUCACCAACUAGUUCCGCCAUCGGGUCCGCCUCACUCCCCACACGAGAAACGUCUGUUCUUUGCUGAUAGUGACGAUGAAGAUAUUCCACGUUUUCAAACUCCAAGGCCAAUCACGAUUAAUUCGGAUUUGGUCGUGAAUGCCAAUGACAGCGAAAGCGACCUGGAGAUACCCUCUUUCGAAGAGGUUCCUCGAGCUUCCAGCGUCAGUAGUAUGUCGUCGGGACCUUCUCUGCGAAGUUCUCCACCGGCGCCAGGUCCUUCUGUCGAAGAACCGCCGGCCAAGAAGAGGCGACUCUCACCCGCUUCCAAGGUUCAGGCGCGUACGGGACAAGGAUCAUUUGCUCAUUCUACAUAUCUUGGAUCAUUUCUUGUUGGGAAUGCCUGGAGUACUGUCAGAGGCAAAGGUUAUAUCAAACCAGGCGACACCAUUCACAUUGAACGAGAUGAUCUUGAUGAUUUUAAAUCUGGCCUACCGGUCUCAGGCAAAGGAAAGAAAAAAGCCCUUCCCGAUAACGGCAAGAAGAAGCAACUCACCCUUGGUGCCAUGUUAAAAUCGCAGCCACUCAAAGCAAUGAAGAAAGCUGACACCGUAGUUCGUCUUACGAAUGACCGUGGUUUCGAGUUUGGCCGUCUUCCACAGCAUGUUUCAUCUUGGGUUUCAAGGCUUCUUGACUUCGGGAUUGUCGACUUCAAGGGCAGUACAGUGGUGGACUGCCCAGCCACUCUACAUUCUGGCGCGGACUUGAUAGUCUCGUUGUCUGUAUAUGUCCGUGCAUCUGCAUUCAAGCCACCGAGUACUUCCGCGGAGGGGCCACCGACAACGAUGUUCAAUCAAGGACAGGAGACACAAGAUGAACAAACUCUCAGAGAACGCAAAUCUGCUCUGCUCUCUCUCUUCGAAGCUCUUAACCUUCGCCCUUGUAGGGGGGCCCACGUCCAAGAUAAUGGCAACAUGGGAAGUGGAUCUAAUGGUAUGAACAAGAAACUGACGCAACAUCCCGGCGGUGCCAAGAAAAAGAAGAUUGAAAUUGUUGGCGAUGGCGAGGAAGUCGAAGUGGAAGAAGGCGAGGAGCUAUCUGACAACGAGUUGGAUGUUAUCUACAAGAAAGCCCAGAAGCACGAUCAAUCGAUGGCUGAGAUGGAUCCUCCUGAUACGUUUACAUUAAUACUGAGGGGAUACCAGAAACAAGCGCUUAUGUGGAUGCAUUCCAAGGAAUCAGGCGAAAUCUCUGCUAGAGAAGCCAUGUCUAUGCACCCUCUGUGGAGCGAGUAUGCUUUUCCUGCCGAACCUCAAGAUGGUAUAAUCGAUCUGACUGCAGACGAGAAGCCGUUCUACUUCAACCCUUACUCUGGCGAACUCAGUCUUGACUUUCCUAAAGCCGAACGCAAACUCAAAGGAGGGAUCCUCGCAACUGAUUCACUCAUCUCAGUGGGAAUGGGAAAAACCAUUAUGUUAUCAGCUCUCAUCCAUACAAACCGAGAUCCAGAAACUAUUCUGCCUGACGAUACAUCUAAGGAUCUUGCACGUAUUCGUCAGCUGAAACUUGGCAAUGCGUUUCGGUCAAAAGCUCUCAGACAAACGAAGAAGUCUACCAAAGGCCCUUCUGCAACACUGAUUGUUGCUCCUACCUCACUGCUCUCCCAGUGGCACGAGGAACUCCAGCGAUCGAGUGCACCGGGGACCCUUAAAGUCAGUAUCUGGCACGGACAGAAUAGGCUGGACUUGGGUGGUAUAGAAGAUGAUUCGAUGGACGAUGCCUCUAUCACCGUGAUUAUUACGUCAUAUGGCGUGCUUGCCUCUGAACACUCCAAAUUCCUCAAGUCCGGUAGUCAAUCUUCUAUUUUUCAAGUGGAGUGGCUACGAGUCAUUUUGGACGAAGCUCAUCACUGCAAGUCCAGGACAAGUAAGACCGCACGAGCUGUAUAUGCCCUUCGCGCUAGACGUAGAUGGGCAGUAACAGGAACUCCCAUUGUCAAUAAACUCGAGGACCUCCAUUCACUUCUCCAAUUCCUGGAGUAUACACCAUGGUCAUCGUACUCAUUCUUCCGCUCCUUCAUUACUGUGCCAUUCCUUGCUCGCGAUCCAAAGGCAAUAGAAAUAGUGCAAGUAAUCCUCGAGAGCGUUCUUCUCCGACGCGAGAAGAACAUGCGUGAUAACUCUGGCAAACGCAUUGUCGAGUUACCUGCAAAGGAGGUGACUGUCGAUACGCUGCACUUUACACCUACAGAACAAAAAGUAUACGACUCUAUUUACAAUGCGGCAAAGCGGAACUUCGAUCAACUCAAUGCGAAAGGGCUCGUAGGCAAAAACUACACCCACAUUCUUGCUAUGAUUAUGAGACUGCGCCGAGCAGUGCUUCAUCCAGAUCUCGUCACUGAUACUAGCGAUGGGAUAGAGACUAAAGUUCCUGAACACUCCAAAGAUGGAGCGAUUGACGUGGACACCCUGAUGAAUGACAUUUCAGAGCAUGAUUCGGCAAGUGAAUGCCCGAUCUGCCUCGAUGUGAUGCAGACACCAUCCAUCAUCCCUCCCUGUAUGCAUCAAUGCUGUAAAGAAUGCAUUAUAUCAUAUCUUGCGACGUGCACGGAUAAGGGAGAAGUGCCGCGAUGCCCAACGUGCUCACAAGGACCAGUCAAGGAACAAGACCUCAUUGAGGUUCUCCGGCCGUCUGGUCGAAAUAGCCCAUGCCAGGAGUCCACAGGGGAGGAAAAAGAGGGGGCGUCGAAAUCAGAAGUCGUCCUGCGCCGAAAUGAUUUUAGAUCGUCUACGAAACUAGAUGCUCUGAUACAAAACCUCAGACGACUUCGAGAUCAAGACCCAUACUUCCGUGCUAUUGUCUUCUCGCAGUUUACGUCCUUCCUUUCACUUAUCUCUGUGGCCUUAGACCGUGAACGUCUGUCAUGGUAUCGUUUUGAUGGAUCAAUGGAUCUCAAGAAGCGCAAUGCUGCCAUAUCAGAAUUCAAGCAGAACGAGCGAAAGCCCAAGGUUCUCAUUGUCAGUUUGAAAGCAGGUGGUGUUGGUCUGAACAUGGACUGCUGGUGGAACGCAGCAACUGAAAAUCAAGCCAUCGAUCGCGUGCACCGAAUAGGCCAGGAGAAAACUGUCUAUGUCAAACACUUUAUAGUCGAUCACACCAUCGAAGGCCGCAUACUCCAGAUUCAAAAACGCAAGACCGCCAUUGUCAAAGAGGCGUUCCGAGGGAGCGAUAAAUCGGGUAAAGCAGACCCGGAGAGUCUCGAGAACCUGAAAGUUAUAUUCGGUGAUUAAUGAUAGCUCUUGUAUAAAUAGUACUUCUCUUCGAACGGCAUCGAGCUACUAGUCCACGGAACGAGAAAUUUUAAUUGUUAAAUGAAAUGGACUUCGAAUUCGA